AUGAGCACCAACAACACCCAACAGCUACCAAAGAAGGAUCUGCUCGAAAGCCUCCGCAAGUACAACAACAAACUGCUUAACCUUAAUCAUAUUAAGAAGAACGAUGCUGGAGAUUCUUCUGUGAAUCAGCAUGUAGAUAACGAUCAUCAUGACAACGAUCAUGAUCACUUUUCGGAUCAUGUCGAAGGUUACUUUACUCCCGAGGUGGUUAUUGAAUCGAUUGAGCCAUCAUCGUCUAAUUCUUAUUUGGACACUAAUGAUUUUCUCAAGCAUAGUGUUUCUCCUGCCAAAGCAUUCACUCCCAACAGAGAAGGACUCUUUAAUGAAAUUCAUUUUGAUGCUCAUGAAGAAAAAGGUCCCACAAUGACACCAGCUGAAAACGAACAAUCAUUGAUGAUUAGCCAACCAAGAUCUCUUAGCGGCAAAUUUUCUGAGGAGAGUAGUGAUUUGCGUGAGAAAAUCAAUGACAGACUUGACGAAAAUAAUGAACUGAGAAAACAGAUCGAAGAAUUAGAAAGAAAAUUAUCAGAGGGAACUCGCUCCAUUAACAAGGCUAAUGCAAGUAUGAAUGAUUCACAAAAGUCUUACUUUUUUGAUAGAUCUCAUAUGGACAUAACUGAUUCGUCAUUUAGUUUACCUAAAAGUCGGGAAGAUAGCGACCUAAAAAAAUCUUUUGAGAUUAUUGUCAAGCUAAAGAGCAAGCUUACAAAAGAGAAAGAGCGAUAUGAUUCAUUAGAAAGAAGAAAAGAUGAGUCCAUCAAAAUGAUGAACAAACUUGUAGAGCAUUUCAAAACUGAAAAUUUAAGACUAUCUCAACAACUUGAUUUGGUCAGAAAAAGUUCUGAUUAUGAUGUUGAGGAGCUUAAUCAACAAAUACUCGAGCUGAAGAAUACCAACCUUUCAUUGAUUGAAGAAAUCAAUUCUCUUAGAAGCUCAAGAGGUCAAGAACAAGAAAAAAAUGAUUUGGAAGUAGAAAGACAAAUCAAAGAAAAAGUGAAAUUGCAAUCGGACAUUGUUGAGCUAAAGAAGGACAACUUGUUACUGAAGGAAAAAAUUCAUGUGCUUGAGGAAACCGUAAAGGACAUUGAAUCUAAGCGCAAUGAGCUGAUACAUCAAUAUGAACAGCAAGAAAUACCCUCUUGGAGAAAAAAAUACGAUGCCUUAGAAGUCAGUGCAAAAGAACUGCAAAACAAAUUAGAAGAAUACAGAAACGAUAAAGAAAAAUCCUUGAAUGAAGUGAAAGAAAGAUAUAAAACCAAAGAGCAAAUGCUUAAUGAGAACAUUAAACGUCUUGAGGAAGAGCUUCAGCAUCAAAGAGAACAACACAAGCAAGCAAUAACAUCUUUAAUGGAGGAAAAGAAAGAUGCUGAGAUGCAAUUGCAAGAACAAGUCAAUAUAACAGAUGACUCUCGUGUGCAGCUGUUGUCUUUAAAAUCAUCCUUAGAAGAUAUUGAAUCCAAUAUUUUAAAUCAUUUAUUACAAGAGCAGGAACAGCUAGCAAUGGAUUUAUCUGAGUUCGAGUCAUUUGUAUCCGAUUACUGUUCUAACAGAGCAAGAAAAGAAAUACAAAAACUCACAACAGAGCUUAUUGAAUUGAGGAAUCAGAUCAGUUUGGCAACAGAACAGAGCGAGAUACUCCGGAAGCAAUUAUCUAUUUCUCAAACGGAGCUUGAGGAGACCAAUGCAGCUUUUCUCAAAUGCGAUCAGACAUUGUCUCAGAUGGAGUCACAACGGAAAGCACAAGCUGAAAGACAUAAGUUGGAACUAGAGGAGGUGAGAAACGAGUUCAAAAAUCAGAUAUUCAUUAUAAAGUCAGAAAAAGAAAGUUUGGCUGAAAUGUUAAAUCAGACUAAGAAUCAGCUAAACAGCGUUCAAAUCAAGUCAGACCAAUGUCAAAAAGAAAAGUUAGAGAUACAACAAGAGAUAGUCUAUCUUAGGAAGAGAAAUAAUGAGCUUGAGGCGACGUUUAGCACGAUUGACUCUGAGAGACAACGACUACAGUCAGAAAAUGGCGCUCUUUCGAGGUCAGUGGAGCAGUUGAAGGAAAGCAUGGAACUUAAGAAUGAAGAAUAUAGGGCAUUGAUGGAGCACUCACGAUCUUCCAUUCAGGCAUUACAACUGAAGUUAAAUCGGGAGCAGCAAUUAUUCCAAAAGUACGAAUAUGAAAACAAUUUGAAAUUUAAAAACUUGAAUGAAAGUAUCGUACAAAUAGAAGGAUCAAAAGCAGAUUUAAAGAAAAAACAAAAGGAAGAGCUGCAACAACUCAACAAUGAAAUUUCACUCAAGCAACGACAGAUUGAAAACUUAAAUGCAGAAAUAUCGAAAGGAAAACACGAUCUCAACGCAGCUCAGUCCCAAUUCCGAAAAGAACUGGAAGGAAAAGAACAAGAGAUUCAAAAAAUCAAGAGAGAGCGACAGCAAUUAGAGCACAGUUUAGUGAUCAAGGAAAGAGAAAAAGAGUCCUUAAAAUUACGUCUGGAAAUGAUGGAACGAGAAUUGGAAAGAACAAAGAGUUUGCUCAAUAAAUAA